GUUCUGAAUGGUUUAUGCAUAUUUUGAUUGUAGCUUAAUGAUUUUAUUUGUAUGCCGUUCUCUGACAUAGGUGCACUUCGUGAUUAAAAGGCUUGCUUUGAAUACCGAGUAGUGCAGUGUGGCAUACGCUACUGUACAGCACUUUACCAGGAUAUGCAAGUAUACUGCACUUUAUCUGGAUACAACUUGUGUCGUUAACGGAACAAAGUAAUCCAAAAAUCUGUGGAUGUCUGAAACACUGGAAAACACACAGGAACAGUAUGGGAGGGAAAGAGGAGACAUGUGCACAGCCAGGCAGAACUUUAAGUUUAAGAUGCAAACGUUUAAGUCAGGAUUAUGUUAAGCUUUCAUUCCUCAUUCAUCUGACCUGCUACUGUCAGUAACUGAUAAAUACAUUGUGCUAAAACCAAAAUGAAUAGAUCUCUUUAUGGCAGAUGUGAAAUUUUCAUUAGACUAUGACAAACUACAAACCUAAUCAGAAUGACUCUGUGGUGUAUGCAGGAGCUGCAGUACAGGAUUUAGGUGCUGCAGGUCACUCACAAGAAGGAGAUUAUCAUGCUUCUCUGUUUAUUUUACAAAAUGGAAAUGCAUUUCAGAGAGUACAGCCACCAACUGAAAAUACUUCAUGCCUUAGCACCACCCCAGCUGUACCCAAAAUGGGUGUCCGUGCCAGGAUUGCUGAUUGGCCUCCAAAAAGAGAACCAUUUAAUGAUACACUAAAGCCAGUUGCUUUGCAAGGUACUCAGCAGUUGGGAAUAAAUAGAAGUUUUACAUCAACUAAAGGAUUUCAUAAUGGACAGAUGCUUCAUAAUCCAAAUGUUUGUGGUUCUUCAGGGUUUAGAGGGCUUUACAGAUCAUUACGGAGGCGAUCAAGAGAAGCUGAGUUCCAGGAUAGCUGGCCAAAAUCGCCACGCUUACCAUCUAGGUACUUUACUCCCCUUCGUAGUCGAAGUAAUAGUGAGAUCACACUCAGUGAGUAUGAUACAGAGGAAUUUUUUGAAUUCAGAGGGAACAAAUAUGUAACUGGAAUGCCUCUUUAUAGAGAGUAUGGUAGCACUUCUUCAAUUGAUGUCCAAGGAGUUUCAGAGCAAAGUUUCUUUGACAUACUUAAGGAGUUUUGCACUGAAAAACCUGAUCAACGUAGCGCUGCACCUGAAAAAUUUACUGAUUUACUCAGGGUGGAUUGUAAUGUGGAUUUUAACCUUCGUUUUGCUGCAAAAUCAAAUAUUGAUUCACAGAAUGACCAGUCACCCAAAGAGGAAUUACAGACACUACAGAAGGAGAAGGAAAGAACUCGUAAAAAAAAUCCUAAAGUUGAGGCUGGUGACAUCCUCCUUCGAAAACUAAGGGUUAGUAAAAGUGACACUGAGCCAGUAAAAUCCUGCACAGAUCAGGAGGACAGCAGACCCCAGAACAGCAACAAACCAUGGGUUUGCCUUAAAAGUUUUGCACACUAUGAUGUACAGAGUAUACUGUUUGAUCUUAAUGAAGUAGUAUCCAGUAGAGCUUAUGUAGCUCAGAGGAGAAACACUACUACUGGCGCUUCAGCUGCAUCUACUUCGGUCUCAAGGAUGGUGACACCUGAGGGGCCUGAUUCAGCAUUUAUGAGUACCGAAGAUUUAAAUUGCAAAGAGAACCUAGAAACUGAUCUUGGAGAUAACAACAGCAAUGAUCUGCUACUUAGCUGUCCCCACUUCCGGAAUGAAACUGGAGGGAUGAGUGAGCGCAAUGUGUGUUUCUCCAAAGCUUCUGCUGUUUCAAACAUCAGGGAUGAAAGUUGUUUUUAUGAAUCGCCACCAAUCAUGCACUGCACAAAUGCUAGCAUUUCAGUGUUGGAAGUACCAAAGGAAAUGAAGCAAAUCAACUGGGAAAAGUUAAAGCACUGCAGUAUUGAACAUGUUGAUCUUGGUGCUCGAUUUUAUCAGGAAUAUUUUUAUGGCAAAGAACAUUCCAGCUACUUUGGCAUAGAUGAAAAGCUUGGACCAGUGGCUGUUAGCAUUAGGAGGGAAAAACUGGAUGACCAUAAAGAUUAUGGACCACAGUACCAGUACAGAAUUAUCUUUAGAACAAGUGAGCUCAGAACACUUAGAGGAUCCAUUUUAGAAGACGCAAUUCCAUCUACAGCAAAGCAUGGAACAGUGAGGGGGUUGCCUGUAAAAGAAAUACUCGAGUAUAUUAUUCCUGAGUUAAACAGCUCAUGUCUCAGGUUGUCUGUCAGCACCUCUAAAGUAGCAGACCAGUUGUUAAAGCUUGAUGAACAAGGGCUUAGUAAAAAACACAAGGUUGGAGUUCUGUACUGUAAAGCUGGCCAGAGUACUGAAGAGGAGAUGUACAACAAUGAAGAGGCUUCAGCCCCAUUUGAAGAGUUCAUGUUGCUUCUUGGAGAAAAGGUCUGUCUCAAGGGUUUUACGAAGUAUGCUGCUCAGCUGGACACUAAAACUGAUUCAACAGGUACCCAUUCACUCUACACUGAACAUCAGGACUAUGAGGUCAUGUUCCAUGUUUCUACCAUGCUUCCAUAUACUCCAAAUAACAGACAGCAGCUACUGAGGAAAAGGCACAUAGGGAAUGACAUAGUCACCGUCAUCUUUCAAGAACCUGGAGCACUGCCUUUCACCCCACAAAACAUUCGCUCUCACUUCCAGCAUGUCUUUGUAAUCGUAAGAGUACAUAAUCCUUGCACCGAAAAUGUUUGCUACAGUGUUUCUGUAACAAGAUCCAAAGAUGUUCCACCAUUUGGACCUGCAAUACCUAGUGGAGUUAAAUUUCACAAAUCUGAUGUCUUUAGAGACUUUCUCUUGGCUAAGCUGAUAAAUGCAGAAAAUGCUGCACAUAAAUCGGAAAAGUUUCACCUUAUGGCUAUAAGAACUAGACAGGAGUAUCUGAAAGAUCUAGCUGAAAAUUUUAUCACAAGUACGCCUAUUGACUCGGGUGGAAAAUUUACCUUAAUCUCACUGACUUCCAAAAAAAAGGAGAAAAACAAACCUCGUCUGGGUGCUGAACUGUACAGUUGUGGUACAAUCACAUGGAGAGUUUUAGCUCAAGAUUUUGCCCAAGGUGGAGAAAUUGACUGUAUGUUUGGAGUCUCUGAAGAGUUUAUAAUUUUAAUUGAACAAAGUAGUAAGGAAGUUGUAUUUAAUUGUCUUUGCGGAGAUGUCAUUGGUUGGACACCAGAUACUUCAACACUUAAAAUUUUCUUUGGCAGAGGAGAUCACAUUUUUGCGCGGACAGUAGACAGCAAUCCAGAUGACGUCAAAGAAGUUAUUCAGAGAUUAAAAGUAACAACAAAAGGCUGUGAAACUGUUGAUAUGACCUUGAGAAGAAAUGGACUGGGUCAGCUUGGAUUCCAUGUGAAGUAUGAUGGGACAGUUGCAGAAGUAGAAGAGUAUGGCUUUGCUUGGCAAGCAGGACUGCGGCAGGGAAGCAGGCUUGUAGAAAUAUGCAAGGUUGCAGUGGCAACACUAAAUCAUGAUCAAAUGAUUGAUCUGCUGCGUACCUCUGUUACAGUAAAGGUAGUCAUUGUACCUCCUUUUGAAGAUGGAACACCACGCAGGGGAUGUACAGAGACUUAUGAAAUGAACACUGUGGAGCAUAAACCUGAACUUGAAAGUUUACCUGCAGGAUACAGACCACCAUACAGAAGUAGCCCUGCAUGGCAGUGGAGUGGCCCAGCUUCUCACAAUAUGUCUCAGCCACAGAGGUGGUCAUCACUGGGACAGGUUCAGUCUCUCACACGUUCUCAGAAGCCAUCGGUUUCAUAUCAUGAAACACAUUCAUUACAAACCAAGAGACCAGUGAGUUUCCCUGAGGCACCAUAUUCAGCAUCAUCAUCUUUGGGACUGACUGAGAGAAUUCAGACCCACAGAAAUCCUUCCGGCAGUUUUUCCACUCCAGGUUCUGCAAACAGCGCUAACAGUAAUAUUCCUCCAUACAACAGAUCUACAACCACUCCUGAAAGGUUUACAACUCCACAAAGACCACUGGUUCAUUAUGAGCAGCAGUACAGACAUGAAGCUGUGAUCAGUGGUGAUCCUUCAUCUGGAGGUUUGGGUAGCCAAGAAGGCAUCAUGGAGCACCAAAAGCCAGAGCAAUUGUGGCAUAUUCCAGCAUCAGCUCGAGUGACUUCCUUUGCUGGGAGCAAUGUGAACAAGCGCCACAACCGACAGGAAGUUGUAGGCAAGGAAUCCCCCAACCGACAUCCCAAAGGUGAAACCCAGUAUUCAAGUCAUUCCAGUAGCAAUACUCUUUCAAGCAAUGCUUCCAGUAGCCAUAGUGAUGACAGAUGGUUUGACAUGCCAAGUCGGAUGGAGACUGAACAAGAUCCAGUGACCAGGGGAGGUGUCAAUGGCAGCAACACUGAUGCAGCCAUUUACAACCCUAGUCCUAAUGUGAACAGCAAGCCUUUAAGACCAUCUCAUCCAAAUGACAAGAUGCAAAAAGUUAUUAAUGUGUCUACCACUUUCUCUGGGACUCCUGAUCAAAGUGGACGGACUGCAGAUUGGCCUGGAUACAUUACAGACAAGAGGAAGGAAUCCUUGGCUUCAUUAAAUAACAGCAGCCAAAAUAAGUUGUUCCGGUCAAAAAUGUACACUACCAAUAUAAACUCUUCCCCUAGAGGCCUUCCUUCAAGCAGCAGUAGCGAUAUGCUUAAGGAUUCAAGCAUUGUGAAUUCUGGACAGAGCUCUGCCUCUCAGCUUUUCAAACCAUCUGGUGCUGAGAAUCCGUGGCCUUGUAAGAUACCUCAUUCCAGCUCUUUUCAGCUUUCUGCCUCUGUCCCAAAGUCAUUCUCCUGCAGUCAGCCUAUGAAGAAUAAGAGUCCGGCAGAAUGGAAAAUAAGUGAAGAAACACCGACUCGACCUCCCACAAUGACAGAUGUUAAAAAACAAAUAGACAUGACUUCCAAGAACAUCUUUGGUGAGCCCAGACUGAGGGCUUCUCUUCGAGACUUGAGAUAUCCAAGAAAAAACUACAAAUCAAGUAUUGAAGAUGACUUGAAGAAACUUAUAAUUUUAGACAAUCCCCGCACAGAGCAGGAAAGUGAAUCAACUAAUCCCCCACGUACUGCCUUGCAGAGGACAUUAUCUGAUGAAAGCAUUUGCAGUGGAAGAAGAGAUACAAGCUAUGCUAGCACAGUUGGGUUUGAGCAGACACUGCCAAAUGACAAUGUAUUUACAAGUGCUUAUCCAUGUAAAACAUUACCUGUCCACCGACAUUACCAGCAGCAAGCAAGUCCAAAUCUCCCAGACAAAAAGUCCAACAUCUCUUCCUCAGAGCAUUCACUUACUGAUGCACAUGACAAGGUUCAAGGGAGUCGUAUUGAUCCAGGGAUGAUGCCUCUUCCAGACACUGCCUCGGGCCUUGAAUGGUCCAGCUUGGUUAGUGCAGCUAAAGCAUAUGAAGUUCAGAGAGCUGUUUCCUUAUUUUCUCUUGGUGAUCCUUUGCCAAGUCCAGAUGCCAGACCUUUGAUCAACCCUGUAUGUACAUCCAUGCCAUUUGAAAAGGUCACAUCACCGCAAACCACAUCAGGUAUAAGUGAGGGAUCAACUACAGCACUUACAGGGAAAGUGCACCAGCUGGAAGCUAUGUUAAAACAGCUUCAUAAUGACUUAGAAAAGGAGAAACAAGACAAAGUUGCUCUCCAGUUUGAAGUAGCAAGCCUCAGGCAAAACAACCAGCUUCUUCAGGAAGAGUCUCAGUGUGCCACAGAACAGCUGAGGAAAUUUGCACAACUAUUCUCUAAUACUGUUGAGAAAAAGUAACUUUUUUAGGGUGGAACUGUUACAGCUUCUGUCUAAUUUGGUACUGGAAAUGUAUGUACUGUGUAUUUGAACCAGUUGGCUGCAGAUGUUUAUUUGUGUGGUGCUGUCAGAGCAAAAGCAUUCUCAUGGUACUAUGUAGUUAAGACUACUAGAAGGAGAUAACUGCAGAUGCUGAGCCUUGGAGUACAGAUGCUUAAGAAGGGAUCAAGAUUUUGGUACUGCACCCGGUUUUAUUUAGUAUUUCAGCAGAGCUGAAAGAUAGAGUGGCCUCCUUCCAUUUUCGAGUAACAUCUGCACCAUUUAUUAAUUUUAGAGUAAUGACAAACUGAUGAUUCAUUCAGGUUAAAUUUUGCACUGUAGCUGGACCAGUAAAAGUAUGUGAAUUUUGUUUCAAGAAAUAUUUGAUAAAAGACAAGGGGUUAAUUAUUUUACUUAUUUAUUGUGUUUUAUAGUAGAGUUUUAACCAUCAGACACUGCAUUGUUGUCUGAGAUUACUUCUAGCUCAUAUGCACUCAUCUCUUGUGUAAAGGUACAAUAUUAUGUUCUCGGUAGAAAAGAUGCUGUAGAGAUGACAUGUUCAAGCUACUUUACAGUCUUGUGAACCGAACAGUUCUUCUUAACUAUGCUUUGAUGCUUCAUCUUUUGUGAAAAUGCCCCAGUGUAAUGGCAUGUGCGUAACAGUACAAUUAAUGACACUCAGAUGUGAUACUCUACGCUGCAAUAUUAGUGUUGUGAAAAACAAGCUGUACCAAAACUGAAAACCCAUUAAUGUAAGGCCAGUUAUAUGUUAUUUUUGUAUCAUACAGUAAACAGUUUUAUAUAGUGACAGCAUGGCUGUUUUGCCCAUCACUUUCAGUGCUGGGUAGUGAUCAGAUUGAUUUUUGUCGUCUUAGAUAGAAAUAAAUGACGCAGGAUGUGUCAUUAAUUUGAAGAGCACUUUCUCACACGUAAUUAUUUUCUAAAGAACUUAUAGCAGGGACUGGCUCAGGAAGUUGUAUGUGUUUAAAAUAUAAAUGUGCUUUAUAAAAUACUAUAUUUCUACAAAUAUUUCCUAUUUGUAAUCUUUUUUAGGAUUUCUGACCACAGAUUUGUAGGGCUAUGUCUGCAACAGAUUGUAAAGGUAUGAUUUUAUUUGAUAGAUGUAAGGGAUGUAAAUAAAAAUGUGGUCUACAUAGGCGACACACAAAAUUUAAAGGCAAGCUUGAAAUCUUGCUUCCUUCCAGAAAUAGAAGAUGCAAAGGCUGAAAGCCAUCAUUUGUGUAAAGAGUCAGUGGAUGCAAACAUGGCAGGUGUGAAUAUGCUGCAUAUAUUUACUUUUUAAAUUUAUUUAGACUGGCACUGGAUUAGAUUAGUGCUAUAAUUGUGCAGCGAAUUAUGCAAAACAUUGAUCUUUUUUUUUUGUUACACUGGUUAUGGGAUCUAAAGUAAGGAAUCGGCUGUUCUAGUCACUUCUGGUCAAGUGAUAAAUUGUAUAAAAUAUAGGGCAUUGAGAAGAAUCUUGUAGAUUUGGGGAUGAUUUUAUAUUAGGAGGAAUCAUCCACUUGUCUAAUAAAUAUUAACAGACUUUGUCACUGUUGGCAUCUGAAUUUCUGUUAAAGGUAACAGUAACUUAUUUUAAAAUAUGUCUCUCAGUGGUAAAACACUUAAACUUUGUUUAUAUUUCUGAUAUUUAAAGAUGUAUGCUUGAGUUUGACUAAAACAUAAAAAUUGAUGCUUUAUUUAUUAGGUAUAUCUUUCAUUUAGCAGUAUGUGAAAAUUCAUUAUUUGUAAGAUGUUUAUAAAUGGUACUCAGUUUGUAUGAAUAUAGUACACAUUGAGAAAAUGCAUUGCUGAUCUUCAUUAAAAUCUUUAUUCCUGUA